UUAUUGCUCGUCGAAUCCUGCUGAGAGUUGGAGCUGAUUCCAGAUGGCGGGACGGUACGACAGUAAUCCGUUUGAUGUGGAAGACGAAGUGAACCCUUUCUCUGAUCCAGUUGUACGAGCUCAAGCGGCAAACAAAAAUACCAACUAUGGCGGAUCAUAUUAUGAUAAGCAACAAAACAGCGUGCCGCAGGCCAAUUCAAGGGGUCUCUCUCCUCUCCCGCCUGAACCAUUGAAUGCAAGCGAUGCUACAGUGGAUAUUCCUCUCGGUGGAGCAAAAGAACUGAAGAAAAAGGAGAGAGAAUUGAAGCAAAGAGAAGACGAGCUGAGAAAGAAGGAGCAGGAACUGAAGCGACGGGAAGAAGCUGCAGCCAGAGCUGGUAUCUUGAUCGAGGACAAGAAUUGGCCCCCUUUCUUGCCGUUUCUUCAUCACGAUAUCCCCAGAGAUAUUCCACUUCACUUGCAGCGCAUUCAGUACUUCGCCUAUGCGAGCUGGCUCGGUAUGCUCUUGUGUUUAACUUGGAACUUUAUUGCCGUAACUGCGGCGUGGGCAAAGGGGUCGGUUACUGCUGCCUAUGGUGUGCAGAUAUGGUUCCUUGCCAUCAUCUACAUUCUGGCCGGGUUCCCCGGCUCAUAUUUCCUGUGGUAUCGGCCUGUGUACCGUGCUAUGAGGACUGAGAGCGCCCUGAAAUUCGGCUGGUUUUUUAUUUUCUACGUGCUCCAUAUUGCCUUCUGCACGCUUGCUGCUGUCGCUCCUCCCAUCGUUUUCAAGGGAAAAUCACUUGCAGGAAUAUUGCCCACUCUGUCGAUCUUCGGAGAUAGCACCGUCAUCGGGAUCUUAUACAUGAUAGGGUUUAUUUUAUUCACUCUGGAAGUCCUUCUCAGUGUGUAUGUUCUCACGGAAGUCUACAGUUAUUUCAGGGGUUCAGGAAAGGCCGCAGAAAUGAAGAGGCAGGCUGCUCAAGGGGCUCUCAGAGCUGCCAUAUAAGUCGACGGGGUUUCCUGUGCGUCAUUACGAUGGUUCGUUACAAGCCUUCUUCAGUCUGCGAGGUGGAAAUCUGGAGACAUUGCGAGCCUUAUCAGACUCGGAGGUUACUUUACUGGCUUUAGGUCAAUUUUUCGUCACAUGUCGAUCAAGAGUCCCUUUUCCUCUUAGGCAUGACCUGAAGUGCGGAGUAAUUUAAAAUGCAGAUGUAGCAUAGAGGUGAAGGAUACACGCGGAUGUACUGCCUAUUUGUGUACAAAGAAGGUAGAUCUGGUACUGCAUUCAUGUUCCAACCAUCAAGUAUCGACACAGCUCACUUGCUGCAGUUUCCAGUUUGCAGCCCGAGAGUGAGUAAGCGACAACAUAUAUGCGCUACGGUUCGAUCUUAAGGAGUGCAGUUCAACUGCCCAUUGAAUGAAACAGAAGAAGAUAGAGUUUCAGUAUUAUUUGUCCUUCAAACGGAAUAAGUACGGUUGGAACGAACAAAACGAAGUCGUCCAUUGUGGCAUGGACAGCGACAUCUGACACAUGUGCAUUUUUUAGGUUCCAAGUCUCGAUAUAUUUCAAUUGUCUUCAAUUUGUGUUGACUCAAUUGAGUUUCAUGUCCAAAUAUUUGUAUAUUAUUCUACUGACCCACGGCCGGAUGAUGUACAUUGGACUUCCUUUAACUUAACCUGG